AGGAGCCGCUGCCUCCCCCUUCACCUCACUAACUCUCCCCACCAACAUUCACAGCCUUCUGGGAAGCUGGAUUUCUACAUCCCGUCCCCCUGAAGAGGAUUUCCUCCGUCCAGUGGCUCACUCUAAAUCUCUGCACCUUCCAAGUCGAGAGAGAGAGAGAGAGAAAAAAAUGCAUGUUGAGGUAACGAGCUUCUUAAAGAGUGAGGAAAGCACCACUUCAUCUGGGAACUAAAAAAUGAGAUUGCCGGAGAAAAUAGGAUAUCAGCGCUAAGCAUAAUGUGACAAAAAAGAAGAGGAGGAAACGAGGUGAGAGAGGGAGAAGUUGUGCAUUCAGCUAACCCCCCUCCUCAGCCUGCCUCUCUCCACCCCCUAGAAAAGUCUCUCCCUCUCUCUACCUCUUUUCUCUCCGUCUCUCUGCAGCUGUGCUCUGCUGAGCGUCACCUCCACACAGCAAGUGCCUUUACUUCAGCAGAAGAGGGAGAAAGAAGAGGAAGGUGGCUGCGAGCUCCAGAGCAAAAGAAACCUCAGGAGUGCGUCUGCACGCGGCAGAGGAGUGCUUCUCUCUACACUUCAUACAGAGGGGCUAAGAAGCGCACAGAGACCAGGAAGAGGCGGCUGCGUUGGAGUAACGCUGUGCCGGUGGUGCCGACUGGGGACAGGGGAAUCCACUGACACUGUUGAUCCUGGUGGCGCUGGCAAAAAGCUUCCAGAAGGAGACAGAGAAGCGGAAAAGCAGACAGGAGCUCGCCAAGGGGGCAGCAUUUUACUUCGGAAAACGAAGCGUGGCGGCAGCAGAAACGCACACAGAGAGAUACUCUCACAAAAACCAGAGUGGAAAAAGGACAGCGAGACAGCCACUGCAUUUAAAAAUCCACUACAACCCUUCAGUUUCUUCUGACUUAACCAAGAAAUGUCUCAUGUUGUUGCCCGUGGAUGAUGGAUAUUAACUUCUGGAGAGAAAUUUGUCUUCUAAAAUAAGAUUUUUUUUCCAAACUUUGCUACUUUUUUUUUUUUUUUUUUUUGGAGUUGGGCCUGUAAACCGUUUGAGCACAUCACAGAUUUCUUCUUAGUUACAGAAAUGGAGAGUUGUCUUGGGGACCGUUGAGAUGCCUCCUCCUGAUUCAGAGUAGAAAGUGGAUUAUGACGGCAGUAUUUUGCGAUUUCUUCUUUGCACCAUAAAGAAAAAAAAAUCCAUCUACGUCUGCUGGAUUUAUGUCUGAGAGAAGGAGAAGAUCUCAGGCAUUUUCUCGUCUCCUGUGGAUUACCUAUGGGUUUUCUCUCAUGGAUGAUUGCUUGCUGCCAGUUAUUAAGAAAAAGUAUGAAAAGGGACAAGUGGCUUGGGCACAAACAGAGAUUGAUUGAAGUGAUCUCUGGGAAUCCAAUUAAUGUAUCCUGGAUUCUUUCCGAGACAGAAGAAAUGGAGGGGAAAACCACCAUCUAGUUUAAACUGAGAAACCUCUGCACUCCCCAGUCAGCAACUCUCCUCCUCCUCCUCCUUUCCCACCACCUUCAACCCAGGCAAGGAUGGUACCCCCACCCCCCACCAACAAGCCCCACGUUUGCCUUUCCACCAUUCUUAUCAUGAGCAGCAUGGCACUAAUUGAUGCCUACCUGGUGGAGCAGAACCACGGACCCCGCAAGAUUGGCAUCUGCAUCAUGGUGAUGGUGGGGGACAUCUGUUUUUUGAUCGUGCUCCGAUACGUGGCAGUGUGGGUGGGCGCUGAGGUGCGGACUGCCAAACGAGGCUAUGCCAUGAUCCUCUGGUUCCUCUAUAUCUUUGUGCUCGAGAUCAAAGUCUACUUUGUGUAUCAGAACUACAAAGCAGACAGGAAGAGCUUGGACGCUCUCGCGAGGAAAGCCUUGACAUUGCUGCUGUCCAUUUGCAUUCCAGUGCUGUUCAUUGUGCUGGUGGCCAUCGACCACAUGGAGUACGUCAGGGCUUUCAAGAAACGGGAGGAGAUUCGCAAUCGCCUCUUCUGGGUAGUGGUGGACUUGCUGGACAUACUGGACAUUCAAGCUAACUUGUGGGAGCCUCAGAAGAAAGGGCUUCCUCUGUGGGCAGAAGGCCUCAUGUUCUUCUACUGCUACAUCUUGCUCCUUGUGCUGCCCUGUGUGUCUUUGAGCGAAAUCAGCAUGCAGGGCAUAAACAUUGUCCCCCACAAGAUGCUACUUUACCCCAUCCUCAGCCUGGUGACCAUUAACAUCAUCACGCUCUUCAUCCGUGGAGGAAACAUGUUUCUGUACAGGGACGCAAGAGUAUCUGGCAUCCUAAUCGGAAAGAACAUACUGGCCAUCAUCCUAAAGACCUGCAGCUUUGUGCAGUACAGAAGACAGUUGCAGAACGCUCCUCCUGCCUUUGGAGUGGAGCUGCAGAAAAACUCAGUUGCACAAGCUCGUCCUGCGCCCACUCCACCUCAAGUGGUCAUGCAGGACCAGACGCCUCUACCCGAAGUGACAACCUGUGAACACACAUGACAUAAUGUCGGGGGUGAACCCUAUGAAAUGUCAAUAUGAGUAAAUGGGACUCUCAGGAUGCUGGCAGGGAGCAGUGUUCCACACCUUUUAGGUCGUGUGAACACUCAUGUGAACACACGGGAGAUGAUGAUCCCUGAUGCUUAAUAGCACACAGGACACUGCAGACACUUAGUGCAGACAGAGCAGUGCCGUCACAGCGGCAUUACCGAUGACUCAAAGCAUUUCCCAUGGUGAAUUUAAUUACCUGUGUAUUUUUUCUAUAUGUACAAAGAAAACAAAAACCUACUGCAAAAAAAAAAAAAAAAAAAUAGAGUAUAUUUUUGAAUUGUGUGUUGCAUUCCAAUCGGAAACCUAAGGGUCUGUGUGCUGUGGCGUGUAUUUCUGUUUCUCAGUUGUUUCUUAGUAGUCGAGGGCUUUACCUUGUCAAAGUGAGAUGAGACCCAAUGAGAAAAUCAAAGUAAUGAGGGUAAAAAAAACAGCGGUGAAAGCCCUGUCUCUUAAAAGAAGUGCGUUUUUAUAUGUGGCUCUUUGAUCAAAUACUGUGUAAAAGAUAAAGGCUUUCCUGCUUUCUCACUGGCUGUAAGGUUUCGUCAUAAAAUCAUUUUAAAGUUAUUGGUCCAAUGAGUAUAUUUAUUUUUUUAAGAAAUUAUUUAGUAAAUGCCAACUUUGUGACCAGUGUUAGGAGAAAAUAAAUUAGAUAAUCAGUUCAGUACAGAUGGGAAGCUUACAUCCAUUCAUGACAGACUUAAAUUUAAAUUAUGGGCUUUUAAUCAUAAAUUUGAAUUAGUUUUUUUUUCCAGUGUGAGAUGAUUGAGCAACUAACUACCAUAAAAAAAUAGAACUGGUUACACAUAUUUGAGUUUAACAUAAAUAUUUUCUAAUUUACAGAGUCUACAUAAUAACUGACACAUACACAUGUCCCCUGCUAAUAUUUGGACAGAUUUCCAUUAGCAAACUGUAUAUUAAACAGAGACGGGUUUUUGCCACCAACACACUUACGGAAAAAUUUUGUCUGAACGUUUGACUUCUGCUUUGGGAAUAAUUGAUAAUGUUAAUUUUAACUGGUUUGUUUCUCAGUGUGGAUAACUCUUACAAGCAUAGUUAAGAAUGUUAAAAAAGGCUGAGGUCUGGGUUUUGAGAAGCACCUUUCAGAAACAUAAUCUUUUUAUGUGUGUAUGAUCCUGUUGGAACACACUGUCUGACCAAGGCAAGGACUGAAAUACCUAGAUGUAAUGUUACUUGACACACUGUUGGCUGGCAAUUGCAAACUAGCCAAUCCAGGAGUACCAUUAAGGAAGCGCCAAAUAAGGAAGACUGUAGAGAUUAGCUUCUCGAUAGUGUUAAGAUUCAUAUUAAGGUACUUUUGGUGUCUGAACUAUUAAGAUGGGCAGCUAUAAGCAUUUUUUGAGAGGGCCUGAAGUAUUCAUGGGUUUUAGGUAUUCACAUGUGACUAUGCUCCUUAACCCCAAUACAUACCAGUGGUUCACUGUAUUAUUGUCAUUUUUAAGAGUUUGUGCUUCUUUAUUCACCCUUUGUGAAAAACAAGGUCAUGCAUACGUGCAUCAAGCUAGUCACAUUGACAUGCAGCUUCCUGUUAGCAGCGUUGAUCUCCUUCAAAAUAAACCUUGAGUCAAAACAGCAUUUAUGGCCAUAAAUGUUAACACAGCGAACAGUGUGAUGCUCUGCAUUUUCAGGUCACUUCUGUGCCAUUUGUUGUUCAGACUGGUGUCUGAACAACAAAAAGACUGUCUCAUCAAAACAUUUUAAUUAGUCAACACCCAACCAAUUGAGAUGAGUUGAAUUGGUUUGAUAUCCAGACAAAUUAAAGCAAGAAGUCUGUUCAUCAUUUCAAGAAGUCAGUGGUCAAGGUGCAACUUGACCACAAUGGACAUUUAAACAUUAGCAGGUGAAAUUUAACAUAUGAAAAAAACAAAGCAGAUUUAAACUUUCGAAAGUAUGUUUUGUUUAAUUACUUCACUCUGAAAAAGAAUUGCAAUGCGUAAAGUUUUCUUUCACAAAUAUAAAUUGUUUUUGAGUUU